GCGGCGCGGGCCCCAUUUCCUGGCGGCUCACUAUCUGGCAGGAAGUGCCGCCCCGCACGGCUCCCUGUGUGGCAGCCGCCGGGAUCCAUGAUGGAGGCUGAGCGGGUGCUGGUGCGGGCCCAGCAGGCCCCGGGCCCGGCGGGGGCAGAGCCGCCACCCCCCCCGCCGCAGGCCCCGGGUCGGGCGGCCGCGGGGGCCGGGCCCGGCGAGCUCAGCCUGCCUGGCAUCCUGCACUACAUCCAGCACGAGUGGGCCCGCUUCGAGGCCGAGAAGAGCCGCUGGGAGGCCGAGCGGGCCGAGCUGCAGGCCCAAGUGGCAUUUCUGCAGGGAGAGAGGAAGGGCCAAGAAAACCUCAAGACAGACCUUGUGCGCAGGAUAAAAAUGUUGGAGUAUGCCUUAAAGCAAGAGAGGUCAAAAUACCACAAGCUGAAGUUUGGAACCGAACUGAACCAAGGGGAGAAGAGAGCAGAUCUGUCAGAACCAGUUUCCAAUGGCCCAGCGGAAACAACUUCACUGGAAAGCAACCCACUGGUGUGGAAAGAAGGGCGCCAGCUGCUCCGACAGUACCUGGAAGAAGUGGGCUACACAGACACCAUCCUGGACAUGCGCUCCAAGCGAGUGCGCUCCCUCCUGGGCCGCUGCUCCGUGGAGCUGAACGGCACCGUGGAGCCCAACGACUUGGGGCUGGGCCCCGCUCCGGGCCCUACUGGGCUGAACGGGGGCGAGUCGUUGCUUGUCAAACAGAUCGAGGAACAGAUUAAAAGGAAUGCUGGAAAGGAGACACAAGACCGGAUCAGCAGCUCGGUGAUGGAGAAAAUCCCCUUCCUCCAGAACUGCGAGGACGAGGACAGCGAUGAAGAGGAAGAUCUGGAAGGCCUUCCGCUCGAGACCCAGCGGCAGCACAAGAAACAGCGAGUAAAGCUUGCCACAAAGCCCCUGAUGCCUGAAGUGGAGGAUGAGGAGGAUGAUGAAGACUCUGAGGAUGCCUUGAACGAGUUUGACUUCUUGGGCUCUGGGGAGAACGGCGAGGGCUCCGGGGACGCCCGGCGCACCGGGGACGGGAACGAGCUCGAGAGCCGGAGAGUUAAGCUUCAAGGCAUGCUUGCCGAUCUCCGGGAUGUUGAUGGGCUCCCCCCUAAACCAUCUAUUCCAUCUGCCAUCUCCAAUCAUCCCAGGUCUCAUGAAGCAGGGUCGCUUGGCUUCUCCUCGGAUGUGUUUAUCAUGGACACCAUUGGCGGAGGGGAAGUAAGUCUGGGGGACCUGGCAGACCUGACCGUCACCAACGACAACGAGCUCAGUUGUGACCUGUCGGAUGGCAAGGACGCCUUUAAGAAGACCUGGAAUCCCAAGUUCACCCUCCGGAGUCACUAUGAUGGGAUCCGGGCCCUUGUUUUCCACCACACGGAGUCCGCACUGGUCACUGCCUCUGAGGACGGCACGCUGAAGCUGUGGAACCUCCAGAAGACGGUUGCUGCCAAAAAGAACGCCGCACUGGAUGUGGAGCCGGUCUACGCUUUCCGGGCGCACAGGGGUCCAGUGCUUUCCGUUGCCAUGGGCUGUAACAGUGAAUAUUGCUACAGUGGAGGAACGGACACCAAAAUCCACUUCUGGAGGGUCCCGGAUUUAAGCAUGGAUCCUUACGACAGUUAUGAUCCAGGAGUCCUCAGCAACGUCCUGGAAGGCCACACGGAUGCGAUCUGGGGCCUGGCAUUCAGCCCUUCCAAGAACCGCCUGGCUUCGUGUUCAGCAGAUGGCACGGUCAGGAUAUGGGACCCUAGCGAGAACCCAUCCUGCCUCAGCACCUACAACACGGAGCGUGAGUACGGAAUCCCUACCUCUGUCGUGUUCGCCAGCACGGACCCUGCCCAUGUUGUGGCCGCCUUCCGAACGGGCAACACAGUGCUGUACGACCUGGAGACCUCCCAGCCCAUCCUGACGCUGGAAUCCAGAGCCGCCACUGGAUUCAGUCAAAUUAAUCAUGUGGUGAGCCACCCGACGCAGCCCGUCACCAUCACGGCGCAUGAUGACCGAGGGAUCCGCUUCUUGGACAACCGGACAGGGAAAGCCCUCCACUCCAUGGUUGCUCACUUGGAUGCUGUCACCUGCCUUGCUGUGGACCCCAAUGGGGUCUUCCUCAUGUCUGGAAGCCACGACUGCUCUCUGCGCCUCUGGAACCUGGACAACAAGACGUGCAUGCAGGAGAUCACGGCCCACCGCAAGAAGCACGAGGAGGCCAUCCAUGCUGUGGCCUUCCACCCUAGCAAGGCCCUGAUCGCCAGUGCUGGGGCCGACGCCCUGGCCAAGGUCUUUGUAUGAGCAGCGGAGGAUCCUGCAGGUGGGUCCCCGGGACUCUCCAGAGGUGCUAACCCCGUCUGGCGAUGAGCGUAUUCCCCCCCACCUCCCCACAGCUCAGGACCUGCUGCCAAUGGGCGGCUCUUCUCACCCAGUGGAGUGAUGUGGACGUGUGUGGCUGGGGAGGGUGGGCAGGGGAGGAUGACAACCCCGUGACCACCCCUUCCUGUGCCCUCAGGGCCCAGCAGCCAGAUUCUGGAAUGUUUUCUGCUUGUUUCAAGGUCGCCUGGUUUUAUUUCCCAGCCAGCGAGUGGAAAGUGUUCAGGGCCAGGCGCGGCUAAUGGUGGGGAGGGGCUGGGCCCAGCUGUUCCAUGACGUUGGGCACUUGUCCCCUCCCCAGCACCAGGACAGAUCUCGCUGCCCCUAACUCCCCGGGCAAGGCUCUGCCAGGCCACAAAGCAACCCCUGGAUCUUUAGGGUUCACAAACCCACCAGAACUGUCUCCUGGCCUCUUCCUUUCCUCCUUGAGCUGUCCUCUGCCAGCCCCUGGGUUCCAGCCGAGCUGCCCCUGCCGGCUGAUGCCAGGGCCGUCAGCAGUAGGGGUUUGGGGGCCGGAGAGCCAGGGAGAGGGGGCACGGAGUGGAAGAGGGGGCCAGCUGGGAGGUUGCUCAGAUGGACCUGGAAUAAGAAGCCCCAUUGCGUUGGGUCAGGCCAGGAAGGUUACUUCCUGUGGAGAGCAGAGUGGGGGUAGCAAGGCAGUUCCCAGGCUGCUGCCUGCCCAGGCGAGUGUCUGGGGCAGGGGGUCAGGACUCAGACCCAGUAGUUACAGCGUUGACAGGGGCCAGUGGGUGCUGCCCUCCCCUCUCACCCCUGCAGGGGGCAGCACCGCUGGGCCUGAUGCGGAGUGUUUGGUCUCCAGGGCUGCUGCUGCCCUCAUCCCAGCUGUGCAGCCCACGCUGCCCCCUUAGCCCCACAGUUUGCAGGCCAGCCAGCCUUCCGUGUCAGAUUUCCUCCUGCCCCUGGCCUGCUUGGUGCUGCCCUGGAUCCCGACCCCAUCAAGUCCUGGGUGGGGGCAGCCCUCGGCCUCCUUGGCUUCCUACCUUAUUGUAGCAAUAAUCCCUUCCCGUGAGGGGAGGGGGUCUCCAGGCAGGCAGCUCCUGUGUGACACUACUGCUCCCUUAGCACAGGGGUGCAUGCCUGCCCUGUGAUGGGAGCUCCAUUCAUCCAUGAACGGUUCUCCUGCCCUCCGACUGCAGCCUGGUUCUCAGCCCAUCCCCAGUGCAGUCUGGGCAGAGCCUGCCACCUGCAGUGCACCCCCCAGAACACUAAACCCCCAUGCUGUUCCCAGCGGGCAAGGCCAUCCUUGCCAGGACUGGACACCAGCAGUGUUACCUGGGAUGGCUGUGUCGGUCAAACACUCCCCCCAGAGCAAGCCAGUGCCAGCAGGCCGGGCAUUCCCCUGGCAAGGGUUGGACACAGCCAUGCACGGAGCCUGAUGGAUCCCAUGGCGCUCAGAGCCGGUUUGCGGUAGAGUUGCCCUCACCAUCACCCCAGCAAUAAAAUCCACAUUCCCGGGGCUCCAAUGCCUUGACCCACUCCCAGCUCGCUAACGUCACCUAGACUGCUACCCUGCUUGAAAGGCAGUGGGGUCUAAUGGUUAGGACAGAGGGCCUGCUGAGAGUCAGGACUCUGGGGUUCCGUUCCCACUCCUUGGGGAAGUCACUUCCCCUCCCGGCAUCUCCCUUUCCCUAUCCUCCCUGCCCCUUGCUUGCAAAGUGCAUGGUGCUGUUGAGUGGCCGAGGGUUACCCGUGCCACAUCAGGAACCAUCUCCGCAGGGGUGAUGCCCCUGCUUUGGCUUGGACACUAACCCAUUGCACCGUGGGGUGCCCCCUGGAGCCUGUGCCAUGUCAUGGGAUUCUGCAUGAAGCAGUGAUGCCCCCAGGAACCAGACCGACGAGGGGGGGGCUUAAAAGGAAAUGUUAGCUUUGAUCGCAGGGCUCUCAGACCUCUCCAGUGGGGUGGGAGCUGAUUUCACCAUGGCCAGAGGGGUGCAGAUCCCUACCCCCUGGUUGGUAUCCCCUGCCAUCUUGUCUUCAUUUCGUCUUCUCGCCUGUAACAAAGACAAACUCUUUGUCUAUUCUGUACAAAUGAAAUCCGAUUGCAACUGAACCCAGAGACACCUAAAGGGCUGAAGCUCGAGUGACCACAAACCAUGUUAUCACUGUGUGAUAGUCUCUACCGCUGGCAUUUUCAAACCGACUAGCGAUUGUGGGGUGCCAGCUCUAAAGGGGGGUGUUGCUGAGCCAGCUGCCCUCUGGCAGUUAGGCCGUGUCGAGGCAGGGGAGCUGCCCAAGAAAUCAGAUCGCUAGCCGCUCUUGAAAACCUCGGCCUACGUCCCCAAUAUACUGUAUGUAUCGGUGUGCUGUAUUUAUCCAAACUGAGAGCGCUCGCCUUUUUAAUGCGGAUUAACUUUUUAUUGUAUAUUUAUUUGACCUGUUUGGGUUGUUUUUUUUUUUUUUUUUUGUCCUGUUUAAUCACAAGACUGAAUCGUAUGUGAAAAAAAUCUGCCUCAAUAAACCCCCUUUGGAAUAAGAA